CACAGAGCUCAUCAGCUGCGCCUUACCCCAUGGCUCCACCAAAGCCCACCCCGAAAGGCCCCCAGCCCCGCCUCAAGAUUGUCGUGCGCCGCCUCCCCGCCGACCUCCCGCCUGCCGUCUUCUGGCGCACCGUCCAGCCCUGGGUCACCCGCGACACCGACCACCAACCGGGACUCGACUCGGCACAGCGCGUCACCUGGUCCGACUACCGCCAGGGCAAACUCAGGAGGAGCGGCAAGGACAAGGACAGCGUCCCCUCGCGCGCCUACAUCACCUUCAAGACGCCCGACGCCCUCGUCGCCUUCCACCGCGGCUACGACGGCUGGUCCUUCCGCGACAAGCAGGGCAACAUCAGCCAGGCCGUCGUCGAGUUUGCGCCGUACCAGCGCACGCCGGCAGCGCCGCCCAAGCCCGACCCGAGGCAGGGCACCAUCGACGACGACGCCGACUUUCUCGCGUUCCAAGAAGCGCUCGCCGCUGCCCCGGCGCCUGAACCUGUGCCAGAACCCGUCGUCAACCCCAAGUCGACCCCGCUCCUCGACCACCUGCGCGCGCAGAAAGCCGCGUCGAAAGCGGCGCGCAAGGCCGCUUCGGCUGCGCUCAAGGGCGCCGGCGGCGGCGGCAAGGGCGGCGGCGGCGGCGCGAACGGCAAAGGUGCGGGAGGAGGAGGGGGAGGGGCAAAGGGCAAGGGCAAGGCGCCGCUCGUGCUGCCCGGCGCGACGCGCGCGCAGCUCGCGACGGCGGCGGCGGGUGGGGUGCAGAGCGCUACUGCGGCUGCUGCUGCUGCCGCUGCUGCUGUGGCGGGUGGCGGUGGCGCAGGAGGGAACGGCAAGGGCAAGGGCAAGAAGGGCGAGGGGGCGGGCAAGAAGGGCGACAAGGGCAAGGGGGGCCCUGGUGGCGGUGGAGCUGCGGGAGCGGCCAAGGGCAAGAAGAGCAAGGAGGGCAGCAGGAGCGCGACGCCGGCGCCGCCGCCGUCGGGCUCGGCAACGGGGAGCGGAGCGGCGACCCCGACGUCGGCGCCGCGUCCGCCCAAGGGCCCCGGCAACAAGGGGGGCGCCGCCGCCGCCACCGCCGCCGCCUCGGCCGCGCCCGCCUUUGCCCCCCAGCCCCAGCUCCAGCCCCAGCCCCAGCCCCAGCCGCACCACCACCAGCCCCCGCCCUUCCCUCCCGCCGCGCCGCCCUCGCGCGCCUCGCCCGCCGCGCCCGGCGCCGGCACUCGCGCCGCGCAGAUCCAGGCGCAGGCCGAGGCGGCACAGCAGGCUGCCAUGGUGCGGCAGCAGCUCCAGGCCGCGCACCGCUCCGCCGCCGCGUCCUCGUCCCCCUCCCUCGCUCCUCCUCCUCCCCUCUCGUCCUUCUCGUCCUCCUCGUACGCGCCCGCUCCCGGCGCACCGUCGCCCCAGGUCGCCAUUGCGCGCGCCCCACACCAGCAGCACCACCAGCAGCACCACCAGCAGCAGCAGGGGUACGCGGCGCCGAGCGCCCAGGCCCAGGCGUUCGUGCCCUCGGCGACCCCGUUCGUGCCCCGCGCGCAGCCGCAGCUGGCGCCCGGGCAGCUCGUGCCGCAGCAGGGGCAGCAGCAGGGGCAGCAGCAGGGGCAGCGAGGCGGGCGAGGGCGAGGUGGUGCGAGAGGGGGCGGCGGCGGUGGUGGACGUGGAGGGGGAGGAGGAGAUGGAGGAGGUGGGCGAGGGAGGGGCCGCGGCGGACGUGGCGGCGGCGGCGGUGCGCCUGCGUGAGCGGCGGGCGCAGCGCUGUGUCGCGCCGCGCUCUCGUUCUCGCUCUCGCGCUCAGGCGGGACGAGGGACGAGCCGGAGCGGGGCAGGUACUCGUUCGUUGCAGGCGCGAGGGCGAGGGCCAGGGCGUGGGAGGGGGGCUCAGUACACGCUCUUGAGCACGUGCUCGGGCUUGUACGUCGUCGGGUGGAUGAAGCCGAGGUGGGCGAGGUCGCCGACGGCGCGCAGGAACCGCGCCUGCUUCCUCCGCUCGGGCCCUCCCUCGUCCUCGUCGUCGUCGCUCGCCCUCUCGCCCUCGUCCUCCUCGCUCCCGCCCCCCUCCUCAUCGCCUUCGCCGCCCUCCUCGCGCCCCGUACGCGCCCUCUUCCUGCCCCUCGAACCCGCCGUCCUCCCGCCCCAACCCUCGCCCUCGCCCUCGCCCUCGCGCUCUUCCUCCUCCGCCGCACCAAUCUCCCACCCAGCCCACCACUCUCCCAAGUUGACCAACCGUCCCUGGGCGUGCGUGUCGCGGUACACGCGCCACGCGACGCCGAGGUCGCUCGGCUGCUCGUCGACAGGCCGCUG